UGAGAUCAUUGAUAAGGUUGGUAGGUUUCACUUAAUCCAGGACGUGUCCGCAGUCUGGCCGCAGGACACUAGGUAUAAAUCGACCUGUGGGAAGCAGAAGUCCUCAAUAAAAGGUGCCCUGCGCUGAGACAGAGAAUGAAGGAGGAACUUUCUCUGAACAUGGUAACACUCUUUGUCUGUUCUUGCUGCAUGUUUGAAUUGAACACAUCUUUUAUUGUGGAUUUUCUCACUUUCUUUUUAUUAUCAGGUAACUACUGCCACCAUGAUGGGCUCAGUGAAAUCCACUGGACUCUGUCUGCUUCUGUUGUCUUUCCUUCUUUACAUAGCUGAUUCUCACCCCAACAACGACCUAUCCAACAGUAAGAUUUAUUUAACUGCCAAUACAGUAGGUAUCUGUCAGGCUGUGUAUUCCAGGCUGUUCCUAAUCAGUAGUUGUUGAUUUUCUACAUCUUUCUGCAGUGGGAUGCGAGGAGUGCACGCUGAAGAGGAACACUUUAUUCUCUGUGGAGCGUCCCCUCUAUCAGUGCAUGGGUUGCUGCUUCUCCAGAGCGUACCCGACACCUCUUAUGGCCAUGAAGACCAUGACGAUCCCCAAGAACAUCACCUCGGAGGCAACAUGCUGCGUGGCCAAACACAGCUAUGAGGUACAGAUAAAGACAAAAGAUGUGCCUGUAAAGGGUAUCUGUAUAUGAUGUGCCUGUUUAGUUAAAACGUUUGACUAAAUGAUAUCUUGGAUUAAAGCUAAACAGGCACAUUAAAAUAUGCCUGUAUAUGUAUAAAUGUGUUGUUUGACUAGUUUUAGUUAUAUGUAAUAGCACCUUAUGUUGUUAGUGUAUUUGAUGUCCAGAUAAGUUAAAGGGCUAGUCAAUUUUAAAAGAUUUAAAUUUUAAACGUUUGGUUACUUUAAAUAUUAAAACUUAAUGAAAAAGUCAUCAAUUUUGUUCUUGUUCAAGAUUAAAUCAGUGACUUUUCUCUUUUUGUAGCUUCUAAUCCCUUUUUUAAAUAUGUCUUUUCUUGGAUAUCCACAGGGUAUUUAAUUGAAUCAUAAGUUUAUGAUCAAAUCAGUUUUUUAAAGUAAUUGUUCAGGGUCCACAGUGGUUAUAUUUACGUAUGUUUUUACUAUCCUUAAUCCUAGUUUGAUGGGAAAACACUGGGAACUGGGCUAUUAUCUUUAGACAGACCUGAAAAACUAGGAUCCCAUCAUUUUAGCUGAUUCCAGUAAAUGUGCUUUCUAUUUAGUUGGAUUUAAAACACAUCAUUUUGAUUUGCAGUGGCCAAUUUCAUGUUGAGGUACCAUCAGUGUUUAUUUUGCUUUUUGCCUCCUCAUCUCUUUCUCAUUUUAGACCGAGGUGUUUGGCAUACCGGUGAGAAACCACACAGAAUGCCACUGUAGCACCUGCUAUUUCCACAAGAUAUGAGGGGCGAGAAGUGGACUUUCUGCAGGAAUCAUCUCUGCAACAAAUGAUGCUUCUUUAAAUAUAAAGAUCCUGCUCUGUUUUAAAACGUAUACUCUUGCAUUGGCAGAUGUCUGUGAUGUAUAGUUAUUAGCCUAUAUUUUUGCAUGGAUAGAUAAUUAUGAUAAACUCUAGAUUUAAAAGCAAUUAAACAUUUACAGGCGUGGCAUUGUCAUUAAUUUGUCUUGUAUUGAAAUGCAUGGUAUAAGAAAUCUUUCACUGUCAGUGGAUGACAAACAACAAUGG